CAAUUUCUCAUAUCAAACUAUCAACAACCGACCACGGUCGAAAUUCAAACUCACGGUAACUUGUAACUGAGGGCUUCAGUUGAACCAGAAACCAUGGCCUCUAAUAAGGGACUUACACGGACGACUUUUGCCAAGCUAUCGCCUCAUCCGUAUCUGCUUGCCAGCCUCGAUCCCGCCUCUGAUGAUAUCCGCCCAGCUCGAAGCAAUGGCCGAGCCCGAAACGAAUCUCGCAAGCCAACAGUCAACUUAGCGAGCUUGUCACACGCUCAUGGAAGUGCUGUCGUUCGUGUGGGCGAUACUACCGUCAUUUGUGGUGUACGAGGCGAGACUAUCUUAACUCCCAACAUCCCGAAUUAUCGUGCCUCCAAUACCGAAACCGAGUUGAAAGACUACGACCUCCUGGUGCCCAACAUUGAGCUUGCUACGGGUUGCGCUCCUCAGUUCCUCCCAGGUGGUCCACCAAGCACGCUUGCCCAGACUCUCAGCACACGGAUAUACUCCCUUCUUCACAGCUCCAAAAUAAUCAAGCCUGAUGACCUGCGAAUAUGGCACACAACACUAUCUGAAGACCUCGAAGAUCGCAUGGAAGAGGACGAAGAAGACACAAGCAACCAGAGCCGAUCCGUUGUGGCCUACUGGGUGCUCUACAUUGAUAUCUUUUUCAUCUCAUUUGAUGGAAACCCGUUCGAUGCUGCGUGGGCUGCUACAAUGGCUGCGCUACGAAACACGAAGCUUCCUGGAGCGCGGUACGACAUUGACCGAGAAAUGAUUAUCUGCUCCCGCAAACAGCUCAGACCUCUGAACAUCACGAACAUUCCAAUCGCAUGCACAGCAGUUGUCUUUACCGGCAAAGAAACGGACCGACCCACUGACGGCAGGUUCUGGCUACUCGUUGACCCAGACAGACUUGAAGAGUCACUUUGCGACGAGAGUGUAACGAUUGUGGUGGAUUGCAAGGACGGAGAUGUCACGAUCUUGACCAUCUCCAAGCAUGGAGGAACUGCCCUCACGCCCCAGUUCCUCACAUCAGAGCAAUUCCUGGGCUGGGCUUCAAAGCGAUGGGAGGAGUUUAACACGGCCAUCACCCAAUCAUAGAUUAAUGAUACCCCAAUGAAAAGAAUAUCGAUCA